UGGUUGGCGGCGGAGCGCGCGGACGGCGGCCAGCCCCCCGGAUCCCUGCCUCCGGUUCCCAAACCACGCACGCGAACGAGCCGUAGUAGGCCACACGACGGACUCGCGCGCCGCCAGGCUGCGGGGUACCUCCUCGAACGAACGCGCUCGGAACGCUGAGCAGAAGGAGCGGAGGACCGGGCUCAGCCCGUCGUCGUCGACGCCGUUUUGUUGGUGGUGGUGCUGCUGACGCCGCUGCGGAGAUGAACGGCAUCGCCAAGGGCAGGUUUGAGGUGUUCUCAAACAGUGAUGAAGCCCCCAUCAACAAAAAGCUUCCCAAAGAGCUCCUGCUCAGGAUUUUCUCCUACUUGGAUGUGGUUACAUUGUGUAGGUGUGCCCAGGUGUCCAAGGCAUGGAAUGUUCUAGCACUGGAUGGAAGCAACUGGCAGAAGAUCGAUCUCUUCAACUUUCAGACAGAUAUUGAGGGGCGAGUGGUGGAGAACAUUUCAAAGAGAUGUGGUGGUUUUCUGAGGCAGCUGAGUCUGAGAGGCUGUCUCAGUGUGGGUGAUGCCUCCAUGAAGACUUUUGCCCAGAACUGUCGUAACAUAGAGCAGUUGAACCUCAAUGGCUGCACUAAGAUCACAGAUUCCACCUGCAUCAGCCUCAGCAAGUUCUGCUCCAAACUCCGCCAUCUCGACCUGACUUCCUGCGUGUCUAUCACCAACCACGCACUCAAAGCCUUAAGUGAGGGGUGUCGGAUGCUUGAGAAUCUGAACCUGUCCUGGUGUGAUCAAAUCACACGUGAUGGCAUUGAAGCACUCAGCCGUGGCUGCACUGGCCUCAAAGCACUGUUUCUUAGAGGCUGCACGCAGCUGGAUGAUACAGCACUGAAGCACCUUCAGAAGCACUGUCCGGAGCUUGUGACAAUCAACAUGCAAUCCUGCACACAAAUAACAGAUGAGGGCUUUGUGAGUUUGUGUCGAGGCUGUCACAAGCUGCAGAUGGUAUGUGUGUCUGGCUGCAGCAACAUCACAGACGCCUCUCUGACUGCGCUCGGCCUCAACUGCCAACGGCUAAAGAUCCUGGAGGCUGCCCGCUGCUCUCAUGUGACCGAUGCUGGUUUCACUGUUCUAGCGAGGAAUUGUCAUGAUUUGGAGAAAAUGGAUUUGGAAGAAUGUAUUUUGGUGACUGAUAACACUCUGGUCCAGCUUUCAAUCCACUGCCCUCGUCUUCAGGCCCUGAGCCUCUCUCAUUGUGAGCUGAUAACAGACGAUGGGAUCAGACACCUGAGCAGCAGUGUGUGUGGUCAGGAGCGGCUGCAGGUGGUGGAGCUGGAUAACUGCCCCCUGAUCACAGAUAUCACUCUGGAGCACCUGAAGAGCUGCCAGCGCCUCGAGCGCAUUGAGCUCUAUGACUGCCAGCAGGUCACUCGCGCAGGCAUCAAGCGCAUCCGGGCCCACCUACCUGAGAUUAAGGUCCAUGCCUACUUUGCCCCAGUGACGCCCCCUCCCUCAGUGCAUGGAGGAGGUCAGCGUCUCUGCCGCUGCUGUGUCAUACUCUGACAGAGGGUUGGCUUUCUGAGGAACUACAUAGAGAGCGGAGCUGUCAGUCAACCUCUCAACCCUACCCUGGUCCUGCUGGACACCACCGCUAAACUCUACACAAGGGUGUGGCUGUGGAAGGCAUGGUUUCUUCACUGAGUGUUUGCCUGGCAGCAGGAUGGAGCUACACAAGUUACACGAGCUACAAAUGCAAAAUACAACUCAACAUGAAACAUUAUUACUUCAUACAGUAUGACCUGUCGGAUAUACAAGAUGAAAGUGGAAGAGCCACCCUGUAAAAUAUUUCAUAUUUGGAUCUGUAGAAAAAAAAAAACACACAUCUGUGGAAGUACUUAAUGCAGUAUGACAUGGAACUACUGACUUGAGAACCUCGUCUGUGUAGGAUGUCCCCCAGGGCUUCAUGACAACCAGACAGUGUUUACUUCUUGCUCCUCUGUCACCGAUAGGAAUGCAUUCCCUCACAAAGGGAACCAAUAGAUUAACACAAUGAGCAGAAAGGGGUGGACCGUGAGCCUCUUUUGUUAGCUGUGGGAGGGUUUGUUUUGGAGAUUCUUCCCACAGUGUGCGGGACUGCUUCAAAAUUGGGAGCAGGAAGUCAAGGCUUCUGUUGGACUUAGAGUUUGCGUGUGUGUAUGAGAAUGUUGAAAUAUAGAAAACAAAAAAAAUAUAACACUACAACCAAGGGAACCCGUGUUCAAACUGGAGUAAAAUGGUUCUCAUUUUCUGUCAUUGCUCACCAUUAUUUCAAGAGAGAGAGGGGGGAAAAGACAUUUGAAAGGACUUUGCCACAUGAGAGCGUAAGGGGGAGAAAGUAAGACGGAGAUAAAGAGAUGGAGAAUGUAAGUAAGAAAAAAAGAAUUGUUCAGCUGAUCGGGCACUAGCAGUGGAAGUGAAGAAACCUUAGGAGUGAUGUGACUGUUCAUAUUUAGAAAAUUCAUAUCAUAUUUACUGAGGGAAUCUAAUAUGAAUAGAUGAACCUGAUUUUACGUUAUAAGUGCAAUAUUGCAGUAUGCUGAAGGUCUAGAUUUUAUGUUGUAUAUGUCAGGAUUCACAACACUCCAUAUUCAGACAUUUUCUUGGCAAUGUUAUGAAAGUAUUCUUUUAAAAUUGCCCUUUUCUUUACCCACAUAGCUGCUUACCUAUAUUUGCUGCCACCUACUGCGUAUUUAUUUAGCUAACAGGCUAGUGCCCACUGUGUAAUUUGCCACAAAGACCAACAUGGAGGGUGCACUUUUAAGCCAAUGCAAUCAUGAGAGCUUUUCAGUGUCAUUUUAGUGCACAACUCCACAUGCCAUUUGUAAUGUAGUUUUGAGCACUGAAAGGACUUUUCUUAAUGCACACUGGGCCUCGUGUUCCUAAUUUAGAUGACUGUUGAAUCGAUUGCCUAAUCAAUGAUGAUGUCUUUUGGGUGUGAGUGCCUUUGAUUUUGCAAUGCCAGAAUGAGCGUGGGAAGUCUAGCCUCAGAGAUAAAAGACUCAGGACUGCAACGUGAUCCUUCUGAUCUUUUCCUUCCCUGCUUCAUUGAUUUUUAGCAUUGGACACCAUCGCAAUAAUGAGCGACAUCAUUGUCAGGCAACGGACCAUAAGCUGCGACCAAGUCAUGCACCCACAUUUGAUGGAGUACUGAAGUUGGUAAUGAAGGAUAAAGAGCGAAUUUGAAUUCUACCGCAAUGUAAAGGACAACCCCCUCUCUCUAUCAUAUUUUUGACAAAGAGUUGGAAAAAAAAGUUACCUGAUUGUCCUUGUGUUCUGGUGUUACUGUGACAUUUCUUUAAAUAAAAGAUCUGAGCAGUGUGUCACA